AUGGGUAUUACUGGAUUUUCUUAUUCAAACGGUUGGCUAUCGAGGUUCAAGAUGCGUCAUGGGAUUUCCUCACAAAUCAUUUCUGGGGAAAGUGCUGGUGUUGACCCUCAAUUAAUUUCAGAUGAUAGAAUAACUAUCGCGCUUUGCUGCAGUGCCGAUGGCAGUGAAAAAUUAAAACCAUUUGUUAUUGGAAAGGCUGGAAAUCCUCGUUGUUUUAAAAAUUUCAAUGUUGGACUUUACUGUGACUAUGUACAUAAUAAAAAGGCUUGGAUGACAUCAGUAAUUUUUUCCGAUUGUCUUCAAAAAUUCAACAGUAAAAUGAGACGACAAAAUCGCGAAGUCUUGCUUAUAAUGGAUAAUGCACCCAGUCAUAUUAUCCCAACACUUUCAAAUGUGAAAAUUCAUUUUCUUCCUCCAACAACAACCAGUCACCUACAACCGCUUGAUUCAGGAAUUAUACAGAGUUUUAAAAAACAUUACAGUAAACAACAGUUGUCUCACUUGAUAAAGUGUAUCGAUCGAAGGGAAACACCGUCCCUAUUUUUAGACUCUGCUAUUCGAUACGUGAAAAUUGCUUGGGAUUCCGUAACCAGUGAGACUAUUAUUAAUUGUUGGGCACAUAGUGGGUUGAUCAAGAAACCUGAAGGAAUAACAGAAUCUGACGACAGCACUCAGGGUACUAGCAAACUUGAAAAUAUGUUACAACGGGUUCAGGAGGAUUUAGAUAUGGACCCAGACAUGAGACUAACUAUUCGACAAUUCAUCGAUUCAGAUCGUGACGCCAACCCGACCGAAGUUUUAACUGACUCUGAAAUUCUGGAGACAGUAAAAAAACCUACUUCCGAAUCAGAAUCUGAAGACAGUGACAAUGAACCUAAAAAUAUUUACAUACCGUCAAUGUCAGAAGCUAAAACUGGUAUCGACAACGUUCUUAAGUUCUUGGAGCAUGACGAGAGAACGACAGAACAAGAAAUUAAUAAGUGUUUGAGAGAGCCUGGAUGUGGUUCUUGGAUUGUGGCAAAGGAUAGAGAGGAAUCCAGUUACAUGGGUGCCAAUGUUCUAUCACAUACUAGAACAACUUUUAUGAAAAAAGGUUCACUGAACUGUGUUAAUUUAUCGGAGGCCCUGAAGGCCGCAACAGGAGAAUCAAAGAAGAUGACACAAUAUAUGCAUGUUGACGCAGGAUAUUCACAGAGAGUUUCAAAUGAACACUAUUUCAGUUGUGAUUGUGUCAAAUGA